AAAUCAUGCAAAGUAUUUAAAUGGGGGCCUGCUUCUGUUUGUGUCCGAUUUAAAAUGCCAGCGUUUCCGGCGAGCCCAACGUGAACGUACGGCUGAAUGAAGCGGUCAAAGAGGGCUUCUCCUCGGGUCCUGUCGCCUCCUCCACUUUCACCCUGCGUGCAGGAGCCGCGUCCACAUCCCCCCGCCUGCUGCUGAGUCUGGACCUCAGAGAGGCCGCGGCUCCACCGCCCGCACCGCGACUGCUGCUGCUGCUCCGGGCUGCCGUCAGAGGCAGCUUUGAAGGACUUUCACCAUGAAUAAGCAGCAAAGCAAAGAAACGCUCAAAGAAAAAGUGAAGGGGAUCUUUGGGCUCGGGACGCAACGGCAGCAAACGAAGCAGUGCGACUCAAAGCUCCCAGAGUUUAUAAUCACAGCCGACAUAAUAAAGGAACUGCAUCCUGAUUGUGGCCUGAGCAACCGCAUCCGGAUGAUGAACCAAAUCUGCGAUCUGGCCAAAAUAAAAAAAUUUGAAGAGAACGCAGUGGAGGCUGUGUGGAAAGCCGUGGAGGACAUGCUGUCUCAGGAGCAGCCGCCAGAGGCGCGACACGCCGUCCUGCAGCUUCUCCGGGCCAUCAUACAAGGACAGGGUGAGUGGCUCGGUCCUCUGAGGGCGUACUUUUUUAAGGUGAUCAGAGACUACCAACCCUGCAACGAGGACCUUUCAGAAAGACUGGAGGUGUUCAAGGCUUUGACUGAAAAUGGGAAGGACAUCACAUACUUGGAGGAGGACAUAGCACGGUUUGUCCUCCUGUGGAUGGACAUAGGUCUCACUUCAGACUUUCUCCAAGUUCUUGUGAAUUUGGUCAAGUACAACAGCUGCUAUCUGGAUCAGAACGUCUCAUGCAUGGUGCAGAAAAUCUGUCUUCUGUGCAACAGAACAACAUCAUCCACUGACAUAGAGGUGGCGCUCCAGGUCUUGGAUGCUGUUGUCUGCUACAACUGCCUGCCCUCUGAGUCCCUCACCGUCUUCAUUAUUACACUCUGCCGUACGGUUAACGUGAAAGAGUUCUGUGAAUCCUGCUGGAAGCUGAUGAGGAAAGUUCUGGGGACACAUCUGGGCCACAGUGCUAUAUACACCAUGUGCCGCAUCAUGGAGGAGAGUGAAUCCUCCACCAGGGUGUACAUGGAGGACGCUCCGCUGCUGAGAGGAGCCGUGUUCUUUGUGGGAAUGGCUCUGUGGGGCGCCCACAGACUGCCUGCUCUAAAAAACACACCAACACUAGUGCUGCCGUCUUUCUACAAGGCCAUGUCAUGUGCCAACGAGGUGGUGUCAUAUGAGAUCGUCCUCUCCAUCACCAGGCUGAUCAAGAAAUACGGCAAAGAGCUCCAGGUGGUCACAUGGGACAUCCUGCUGGGCAUCAUAGAGCGGCUGCUGCAGCAGAUUCAGAUGAUAGGCAGCGCAGAGCUGAAGGCCAUCGUUUACGAGCUUCUGACCACAGUGGAAGAGCUGUAUGAGCAGAACGGCUACCACGGCUCCACGGAGAAGUUCUUCAGUCUGGUGGAGAAAUGUGCAGACAAGAGACCUGACGCCUCGGUGCUGACCCUCGUCUCGUACAGAGCGCAAUCCAUUCAGCCUGCGAAGGACGGCUGGAUUCAGAGCCUCCACUGCCUGAUGGAGAAAUUCUUCAGGAACGAGACGCGCAGUGGCAUCAGGAUCAAAGUUCUUCACAUCCUGUCGUUCGUUCUGAGUACUAAUCGCCAGCUCUACGAGGACGAGCUAAUUGAGAAGGUGGUGAUCCCUCAGCUGGGUGGGAUCGCUGAGGACCGGGACCUGGCGGUCAGAAAGCAGGCCACCCAGCUGCUGGUGGACCUCGCCGAGGGCUGCAAUACGCAUCACUUCACCAGCCUCCUGGACAUCAUCGAGCGGGUGGCCAGUCGCUCUCUGGUUUGCUCUGGAUCCCUGGAGGCUUCUGACCCCACGGCCGACUCUCCCAUGGAGGAUGUCAAGACGGCUGUGCUGGGGCUGCUGGAGAUUCUGCAGAGCAAACUUUACAGCCUGCCAGCCAGCCAUGCCAGUCGUGUUUAUGAGCUGCUUAUCAGCCACCUGCAGCUCCACUACAAGAACAAAUACUGCUCGGCUAUCGCUUCUGCUGUUAGGCUGCAGGUGUUUGACUUCUUCCUGAUGAUGCGUGCCGACUCUCUGCACCGCGUCGGGGUGCCCAACAAGGACGGGGUGAUGAGGUUCAGCCCUUACUGCUACUGCGACGCUGGGGAGCCAGAGAAGCGUGGUUGCGAUAAGAAGCCUUCCGGUUCCAUAUCGCCCCCUGCUGGCGGUCCGGCUGCAGCUGCUGCGGCUCCUCCUGCUUCAGCAGCCUCCAUCCGGUCGGCCUGUCUUCCCUACGCGCCUGCCUUCAGCGUCCUGCUGCAGUGCCUCAAGAUGGAAACCGACUGGAAGGUGCUGAAGCUUGUCCUGGACAAACUGCCUUGGACGCUGCAGUACAAAGUGCUGCUGCUCACCUCGUCAUGCAGCGUGGACCAGCUCUGUUCCACACUGUGUAUCAUGGUGACGGAUCGUCAAAUCUCGGAGCGUUUGAAAAAGAUGCCUGAAGGUUUUUCCCGCACAGACGUCCAGCUGGCUGUGGUUCCCGUUCUCACGGCGAUAACCUCUUACCACAGCUACCUGGACCAAUCCAGACAGAGAGAGUUGGUUCAGUGUCUGGAGACCGGCCUCAUCUAUCGCUGUGCCAAGCAGUGUGUGGUGGCUCUCACCAUGUGCACAGUGGAGAUGCCUGACAUCAUGAUCAAGCUUCUCCCGGCUCUGAUCGUCAAGCUCACCCACAUUUCUGCCACCGUUGCCAUGGCGUCUCCCAUGCUUGAGUUUCUCUCCACUCUGGUGCGCUUACCCCAUCUGUACGCCAACUUUGUGGCCGAGCAGUACGUAAGCGUGUUCGCCAUCUCGCUGCCCUACACUAAUCCGUCCAAAUUCAAUCAAUACAUCGUAUCCCUGGCCCAUCAUGUGAUCGCCAUGUGGUUCAUACGCUGCAGACUCCCCUUCCGCAAGGACUUUGUUCAGUACAUCACCAAGGGCUUGCGCUCCAACGCCUUGCUUCCGUUUGACGACGGACACGAGCAAAGCCCCUUCCGCGCGCGGAGCACCAGCCUCAACGAGAGACCCAAAAGCCUGCGGGCUGGAAAAGUGGCAAAGCCGGCAGCAUCUGUAGCCAAUAGCAGCAGCUCUCCAGUUAAAGAGCUGAGGGACCUUUCGGCCAUGGAGGCUUUCCGCUCCCGCAGCAUCAGCGUCUCCGAACACGCGGUCCGCAGGAUGCACACUUCCACCACGACCUGCAGUCUGGGCUCUGCUGACGAAAAUGCAGUGACUCAGGCCGAUGAGGGACUCAAGACCGUCCACCUGGAGCUCACCGAGACGUGUCUAGACAUGAUGGCGCGAUACGUGUUCUCAAACUUCUCUGCUCUGCCUAAGAGGUCUCCGAUUGCCGAGUUUCUGUUAGCCGGAGGUCGCAGCAUGACCUGGCUGGUGGGCAACAAGCUUGUCACCAUCACAACAAGCGGCGGUGUCAGAACGCAAGCGUUGCUAGGAAUGGAUAUGUCAGAGCGUCUGGGAGGAGGAGGAGGAGAAAUGACCAGGUCAGAUCCAUCUCUUCACACCCGAAUGACUAAAGAGGCUCCGGCCAAACUGGAGUCGCAGUCCAGUCAGCAACAGAACAGAACAACUCGGACGCGAGUCCGCUCCAGGUCAGGUGGUCACGCUCUGCGUGCCGGUCCUAUUCCGAGUCUCAGUCCUCUGGUUUCCCCCUCUGAGGGAGAGUUGGCCUCUCCUCUGUCUCCUUCCUCUGGCCCUGCCCUGGACGCCGUCGGUCCUCCCUCCUCCGCAGUUGCCGCUCUGUCUGCCCCCCCUCCGCUCAAAGACAACCCCAGCCUCGCCGAGUUUGUUCCAAUGCUCACUCAAGGCUGGGCAGAGAUCUUCAUACGGAGACCCUCAGGUAACACCAGCUGGCUGAUGUGUCUGGAGAACCCACCCAGUCCCUUCUCCUCUGAGCUGGGCAACAUGCCGCUGCAGGAGCUCUCCGCCGUCCUGAUGGCGAUGGAGGGAGUGAAAGAGCCUCCCACUCAGACAGCCAGCGCUCCAGCCAGCACGGCCGCCCCAGCGCCAACGUCUGCCUCCGAACCGCUCACUCAAACACACAGCAGAGCCGGAGGAAAGGCCAACCUGUUUCAGCGCUCGAGCACCGUGGGCGGCUCGCUCUGGUCUCUGGGUACGGCCAGUGGGCCCCCAGGACCUCCAGCUCCUGGCAGGUUGCACAGGAGCAUUUCCUGGGCAGACUCUGUGGUGGUUUCCGAGGAGGGUUCAGGGGUCACAGCAGAGAACGCCCCUCUGGAGUGGGUAGAGGGCGAAGAGUUCGAGCCGAUCCCCAGCGAGCCCAUAUUCAUGUCUGACAAGGCGCCGCUUCCUGGACCGCUCAGCAGGUCGUCCUCCACUUCCAGUCAGGAUGAUGAAAAAUCCACACUGGAGGAGGUGAGCGAAGGAGCGAUUCCCAUCGAUCAGCCCAGCGUUGGCCCCUCCACCCCGGGCAGCCAGGGCCCCGACCUUCCAUUUCAGAGCCACUCUCAGUCCCAGGGUCACGGACUAAACAAGUCCAGCUCCUCCCCGGAGCUGCAGACGCUGCCCGAGGCCUUCACCAAAGCAGCGUUGGAGUCUGAGAAAAGUCAGGGCGACGGCACUCAGCCCAGAGCGCCCUCAGAUGGCAAGAGUCUGGCACUGCAGCAGCCCUGCUCAGACAAGGACAAAGGAGAGGGGAGCACCGGGGCAGAUUUUAACGGAGCAGGAGGUCCGGCCCAGGGAGGCGAGGGCUCCGGCUUGUCAUCUCAGAGUGGAGGAACAGCCAUGAAGUUGGCUUUUCCAGCAGCACCGGCUCUGCCUGGCCCCAUCUCGCCCGGCGGAGGACACCGACCCCGAGGUCACACCAUCUCCGUCUCCGCCCCGUCCUCCAGGAGAGAACGGAAGAUCGAUAGGGACUCGUAUCACACCCGACCCGGGCCCAGCAACACAGAGAAGAUCUCCGGACUGAGUCCCAGCUUCGUCUUCCUUCAGCUAUAUCACUCUCCUUUCUUUGGGAAUGAAGCCAAUAAACCGCUGCUGCUGCCCAAAACUCAGGUGAUUGAUCGGGCUGUGAAGGUUCUGGACCAGAUGCCUCCUUAUGACACCCAUAAGCUUGGAGUUGUGUUUGUUGGAAGUGGCCAGGUCAACAACGAAGUUGCCAUCCUGUCCAACGAAUACGGGUCGAACCGUUACGCCACCUUCAUCACCGGCCUCGGCAAACUAAUCCACCUGAAGGACUGCGACCCCGACCAGAUCUUCCUGGGCGGACUCGAUCAGUACGGGGAUGACGGAGAGUUCACCUACUGUUGGCACGACGACAUCAUGCAGGCCAUCUUCCACAUAGCCACGCUGAUGCCCAACAGAGAGAGUGACAAGGGCUGCUGCAACAAGAAGCGACACAUCGGCAACGACUUUGUCAUGGUGGUCUAUAACGACUCGGGAGAAGAUUACAAACUGGGCACCAUCAAGGGUCAAUUUAAUUUCGUCGAAGUCGUCAUUAAGCCACUGGACUAUGAAUGUAACCUUGUGUCUCUGCAGUGUCGGAAAGACCUCGAGGGCCUGGUUGACAUCAGUGUUGCAAAAAUCGUAUCCGACCGCAACUUGCCACUCUUGGUUCGACAGAUGGCUCUGCACGCAAAUAUGGCUUCUUUGGUGCAUCAGUACAGAGCGAAUCCCUCGGAUGCUUAUGCUUCCAAGUGGCUUGCCAGAUUACGACACAUAAAGAGGAUCAGGACCAGAGCUCAAGAAGACAUCCAGUCCCGUUCGACUCCAGGAAUCUCGCUGACCCAAGGACACACUCAGCAAAAUAAAGCAUUUCAACCAGGAGCUUCGGCUCCUGCUCCCGAGACGUCGGGACAGAGAAAAAGACUUGUUUCGACGGUGGACGACUUUACUGAUUUUGUUUGACUUUGUUUGCAAGGGUGACUUUAUUUGGCAGACUGAAUACACACACACACACAGACUGGUUGUGUUUGUCUCAACUACUGUAUGAAUUAAAAGUGAUAAUUUAAAACAAUCUGAAAUCUUGUUCCUUAUGGGAUUUUUUUUUUUUUUUAGUGUGAGGAAACAAAACCUAUUUGUAAAAAAAAGUUAUGAGUUUUGCCGUUUAGUGCUGAGGUAGUUGUAAACUCUUACCAAGAGUCUGAAGACACCAUUUUAUUCAUGGCCAAAUACUUGAGAUGCUCAUAUGUAGUUUUUUUUCUGGGCCAUCUGACCCAGUCCUAACAUUUCUAUUUCAGUAUCUUCUGGCGAAAAUAUUUUCUGAGCAGGAAUGCUUUUUGAA